GGCAGUUCAAAUACAACGAACUGCGAGGUCUGUUAUGUAAGUCAUUCUCGAGGUCUGUUAUGUAAGUACACUGGAGUUGUGCGCAGACGCUGUUCGUGGAAAAUUGUAAUGACUUCACACGUUAAGCAAGAGGCCUUGAGACUUGCCAUUAAAGGUAUGUUCAUCGGCGAUUCUGUAGCAAUGCCAGUGCACUGGUAUUACAACGUGCUUGACAUAAAGAGAGACUUUAACGGGUGGAUAAGCAAAUACGAGAGACCACUUAGCGAUCACCCCUCCAGCAUACUGCGCAAAUCAAACAAAGGUGGCAGUGGACGACACGCUUCAGAUAAAGACCACCCACCUCCAGUAAUUGGAAAUGUAAUCCUGCAUGGAAAACUUGAUGCCUGGUCCGAAAAUGCAUCAACGUCGCAUUAUCACCAAGGUAUGGCUGCAGGGCAAAACACAUUGAAUUGCCAUUGCGCUUUACAAGUUAUGAGGACUUUAAGUUCCAGGGGCUUUGAUUCUGAUACCGACCUUAUAAAACAAGUUCUUCACGAUUAUGUUGUUUUUAUGACCACUCCUAAUUCUCACAACGAUACAUACGCCGAGUCGUGGCACAGGGCUUUCUUUGCGGAUUGGGUUGUCGCAAAUAAACCGACGGACCGUGAUGUUUUGUUUGAGUUUGCUAAACGAAGAUCUGACAGAAUGCUUAAACAAUCACCUGAUAAACAACUUGAAGCAGUCGGAUUGUUCGUUGUUCCCUUGCCUAUCAUUCUAUACAACAUUCAUCGACCACUUGACCAUGUUGUGAAAAUUGCUAAAGAAUUCGUAAGGAUAACACACCCGGUGAAUCUGAUAGACGAACACCUGGUUCGUUAUAUUACGGUUCUGCACUCUGUGGUUCGAGGUGCAUCGUUACGUGACGAAGCUGAGAAGGCGUUAAAGGAAUGUCUUGGACCUACUGCUGUUCAUAUGAUAAAUGCGUUUGAUGCAAAAAUUGAAAAGUCGACUGACGUUCUUUCUACCUUUCAACGAGUCACUGACCAAAUUGGUAUUGCUUGUUACAUAGAAGGAGCAAUGACAAAUAUCUAUCACAUAUGUAGGCACUACUAUGAUGAUUUUGAAAGUGGUAUACUUAUGAAUGUUAAUAUAGGAGGUGAGAACUGUCAUAGAGGGUCGGCGCUGGGAGCACUUCUAGGAGCGUCAGCAGGAGCAUUGGGGAAGUCAAUUCCGAAAAAAUGGACAGAAGCUCUCGACUUUAAUGACAAAAUUGAUCAGUUGUUUAAUCAGAAUUUAAAAAAAUAAAGAUUUUACGUUUAUUUCUUGUUUAUUGUUUAAAGCUUUAUCAUAAAUAAAUUAUUAGACUCAUUCAGUUUUAUAUUUGUCGUAAUUGUACAUGCAUUUCCGUUAAAAAAAUAAAAUAAACGUAUUUCCCAAA